GCCCGCCAGCUCACGGACAUCGUCAAGCUGCCGCUGCUGAAGAAGGAGCCGACGUCGAAGAUCGCCGAGAUCUGGCGAAGUUACCACGAGGGGCGCCAGGACGCCGUCGGCCGCGACAUCCCCGCGAAGACGGCGCAGGUGCUCGUCGACCGCGCGGGCGCGGCGCCGACGUUCCUCUUCCCCGUGUUCCGCGACGGCGGCCACUUCCUGCUCCUGUCCCAGUUCCAGAACCGGCGCCACUUCCUCUUCACGUUCCUCGAGGACUACAAGAAGAACCCGACCUUCGCGCGGCCCUACGUGACCCUGACGCUCCACGACGACCUCGCGAAGGAGAAGGACAUCGUGCUCCUCCGG